AGCGGGACUGACGCUCGUCCACAACAAAUCAAGAGUGAAAUCCACCGAAUAAAGAGGAUUUUAUUUUUGUGAUUCAGAGACUGGUCAGUUGGGUUGUUCCACUGAACACAGUAGAAUGGACCUGCUGCCUGACCUGUGGAGGCAGGAAUACUGGCUCCCUCCGGGUGUGACCUGGGAGGACAUGGAGCAGCUGGCGGACUGUGACCGACCCCGACCCCUGGACCUUCUCUUAGGUCUGCCACUGGCGCUGGGCUUUGUCGCCCUGCGCUACCCGUUCGAGAGGUUUGUUGCCCCACCAAUGGGCAGAUGUUUGGGGGUGAAGAAUAGAUUGCAGGUGAUCGCUGCCCCUUCCCCGAGGCUGGAGUCGUUUUACACCCAGAGGAGCAGAGAGCCGACGCAGAGUGAAAUCGUUGGUUUGAUGAAGCUCUGCGGCAAAACCCAGAGACAGAUUGAGACCUGGUUCCACCGUCGCAGGAACCAAGACCGGCCGAGUCAGACCAAGAAGUUUGGCGAAGCUGCCUGGAGAUUCUUCUUCUACCUCAUUUCCUUCACGGCUGCAUUCACCAGCUUGAUUCAUAAACCCUGGUUGUGGGACCUCAGGGAAUGUUGGAGACAGUAUCCAUUACAGCCCGUGGAGAGAGCUCACUACUGGUACUACAUGAUGGAGCUGGGUUUUUAUGGCUCUCUGCUGCUCCGGAUCUCUGUUGACGUCAAGAGGAAGGAUUUUAAAGAACAGGUGAUGCACCAUUUGGCCACCAUCUUCCUGCUCACCUUCUCCUACUGUGCCAACUACAUCCGCAUCGGCACGUUGGUCAUAGCGCUUCACGACCUCUCUGACAUCCUGCUGGAGUCCGCCAAGAUGUUCAACUACGGCACAGGCUGGAGGAGAACGUGUGACGCUCUGUUUGUUGUGUUUGCUUUGGUCUUCCUUGUGACUCGACUGGUGAUUUUCCCCAGCAAACUCAUCCACACCACCCUGGUGCUGUCCAUGGAGACCUUCCAGCCCUUUGUCGGCUACUACUUUUUCAACAUCCUGCUGAUGGUGCUGCAGCUUCUCCACAUCUUCUGGGCUGGAUUAAUUUUACGCAUGGUCUACAAGUUCCUGAAAGGCAAGAUGGACAAAGAUGAGCGCAGUGAUGACGAGAGCGAGGUCGAUGAAGAAGAAGAGGAGGAGGAUAAGGGAGGAGAGGACACCGCUGAGCAAGGGGGAGAUUAUUGCUGGGAGAGAAGUAAAGACGCCCUGAACUCGAAGCUGUCUAUGCUGACCAACAGCUGUGUCCUGAAUAACUUGACCAACCACAGAGCAUCGGCAGUCGACAGGAUGCGCAAAGCUCAGUAGAGGCUCGACCUUUUUACUUUUUGCCCUGUUCUCUCCAUCUCAAGGUUACAACGGCCUUGGGAUUUAUAAAUCGAACGACAUAACAUCAAUAUGAGUCAUCACACUGGACAGGACAAUCGGGCACGCAGAUGGGGCCGUGUUUCACUUUUAAUUAAGAGUGUCAUUAGAUGAGGACGUGGGUGAGAGUUUAACUGUUCAUCUUUGUAAAAGUGCUGACAAAGCAGAGGACAUGUUUGAUUCAGCAGCGACUGGGUGAUGGGCCCCGGCUGUUUCUGCUGCACCUCUGCUGACAGGACUCAAGAUCCCACUGGGGCUGCGGCUGCUGCUGCUACUGCUGGGACGACUCGAGUCAGAGUUCAGUGGUAGUAACCCUGACGACAUGAUCCUUUUAAAGUCGCUGUUCUGUGCCAACUGAUGAUGCUCAUUGUAACUGACACUGCAGAAUUUUUUACAGGAUUUUUCAUACAGCAAACUUCACAAAACAAAACAAAUAGUGUUUGCAAAAAAGUAACUUACAGCUUAGAGAGAAGAUUUUAUUUAAAGUUUUAAAAUAUCUAAAAAUCAACAUUUAUGGUAGACGUUUAAAUGCCAACAAAUUAUUUGUCUGUUUUUCUGGUUGUCAUUUAAAACAAUAAAACUGUUAUAAUAUGUAGUUCAGUGCAGUUUUCUGCUGUAUUCCCCAUGUUUUCAGGUUUGAGACCACUCUCAGCUAGAAACUAAAGGUUUACCCUUUAUAAUGACAACAUUUCGAGCAAGAUCUCUUUAUAAAGAAUUUGUUUUAAAUGAAACUCAACAUUCCUCAAGAUUGAAAUGGAAACAAAUGUGUAGUCAGUGAAACUCCUGUAUCACAGCGACAUCUGGUGGUUGUUCCAUCCAUAGGCAGGGUGCUUUAUUUCUAACUUUGAUUUACCCAACAUAAUAUAAUUUUAGAGUUGAAUACACAGAGGUGAACCCACAAGUUCUGUACUUCGGGUUAACAAGUUGUGUAUACACGUAAAUGGUACAUAGUGUUAUUGUGCCCAUUUCAAACCACAAGUUUUAAUUGUGUUAUGUACUACUUUGUAGUAUUUUGUGAUUAACAACCAUUUGAAGUGUCACGUUAAAUACGGAUCAUGUUAAACUUCGUCUGAACAGGGGCUGUUCAGUCUGGGUGACGUCAGUCUUUGUAAACAUAAAUACUUCACUUUGGUAAUCGCUAA